UCGCUCGUCGCCGUCAACCGUUAGCUAGCACGCGUUUUUAUUCAUUUUAUUUUAUUUUAUUUUGUACAACAAUUAGAAAUUUUGGUUUUAAUAUAAAGAGUGGAAACAAUUUAUUUUGAGAGAUUUUUAUGCUAAGAAAUAGCACUUUUGCUAGCAAACAAUUUUUUUUUGCAAAUCACGACUCAGGCUCAACGGGUGACGGGAGUCUCGUUACGGACGAGAAGUACGAGAGUCUUGAAGUUCUGGUACACAGAGACUUUCAUUUUCUGAAAGUAGAACCAACAGUGAACGAAUUAGAGCAAUUUACUUUUGGUUCUUUUUAUUCGAUUUUUCCCGUUGUAAUUUCAACAGAGGUCGUUGAACUUUACAGCUAGCGGAGGGCAUUUUAUUUUCCCAACUUCUUUCCAAUUUGACUUGUCUACGUCUAAAAAGAACAAGGACUCGCACUACUUUUAAUUGAAAAUGAAUCGAUUUUUUGCAUCAGGUGCUCGUCAAACUGGAGGAACGUCCUUUCAACAACAACGUCGCCAUUCUGCUUCGGAGGUGGAGAAGACAUCAACAUCGUUUAAGCAAUCGCAGCAACCAGAAGAACACAGCUCCCCGAAAAUGAUCUAUCCUUCGAGUUGCCUUUCCAAUCUCCUUACCAAAAUUUCACCUCUGGGAAAGCUUAAACUGAAAAAUUUUGAUUUCUAUCCUAAUUGGUUGUGUUUACCGAGUGAAAUUAUUUUGCACGAGUGUGAAGUUGAAGGGAUAAUCUCGCAUUUGAAGAAUCAUGCGAAUGAAAUGCUUCCUCGUGAUGAUUCUGAGCGUCAACUGCUCACCUAUGGGUUUGCUCCAAUACUGUGCAACAACACUUUGGCCUUUAUGAUGAUUCUGCAAAAAAAUUUCCAUUUGGCGGAUGAUUGUCUUACUGAGAGUAAUCGACUGAUUGACAUUUGUUUUAAUGGAUCACCCUCAACUAUCAUGGCGAAGGACUACUUGUCGGGGAUAUUUUACCUUGUGAAAGGGCUCAAGAUAUUGCUCGAAUCUUUUACUGGAUCUUUAGGCGCAACGUUUAACUAUGACGCAUUUAUGAUUGAUGCAAUUGAAAAUUUUGAAGACCUCCCUGUAAAAGCACGGGUUGCAGUUUGGGUUUCGAAAAACUUUUUUAUGCGGUUGAUUAAUCGGAGGAAAGUCCAGUACACUACCAUUAAUGAGAUUGUGUACAAUGAUCCUGAUUUUUUCGAGUGGAGGCUUUAUCAGUAUUUAUUUACACGCCAACAACGAUGCCAAAUGCUAGGAUUUGAAAGUCCGCCCAGCGGAGCGGAGAUUCAGGCUAUUCAACAUGCCUGGAAUUUGUUUCCAUCCAAUCCUUAUUGCAUCGUCUAUUUGGCCCGAUGUUUGACCGAACACUUCAGAACCAUUUGCUGGCAGGAUGAAGCAAUAAUUAAAUCAGGAUUUUCUUGCGGUCAGUGGAAUUUUGCCACGCAAGAGUUAGCGGCGACAUAUAUCAAGGAGCUGUGUUUGGAUGUUGUCAAGUUAAACCAACUAUCCGUGAAGAUCAACCUUCUCGUAUCCGACAUAUUUGGAACUCUGCUGCCCUUCAAGCACCGGGACCCUGGUCAAGCUCGACACUAUGUUUUUCAAGCAUUUCGUUUUGGACAGAAUGCUUCAAGCAAAGCGAAUCAUCGUAUGGCGUUGACGUUAUUGUGCAACAUAAAAUCACCUGCAUCCAACCCAAAGCAUUGUGAAGAUCUUCUUGAAAAAGCAUGGAAACUAGACAAUCGUAACACUGAUGCAUUGUACCAGCUUCUUUUGGUAUAUUUACACCAUCCGAAAGAAUGUUAUCACAAGAUUCGUCUAUUGUUUGCUACAUAUUUGAGUUCGUUUGACUUGCCGGAAGCGUUUAUUCAGAAACUCAUUUUCCUGAAAGGCUGUUUCUAUAUGAUGACGGGAGAAUAUGAAUACGCAAUCGUAACAUGGAUGUCAAUUUACUCCACCUAUGCAACUCGUAUUGACUUCUCGAUGCUGCAGUAUUAUUCCUUUGUGUUUCGAGUAUUUCAAUGGAGUUCGGAAUUUUUGAAUUUGCCAUUCGUAAUUGCUGAAACAAACAAAUUCCUUACCAAAAUUCUUCCCGCAACGGAUUCUCCAUCUUCACCAUCAAUUAGACAAACAAAGAACAACUUGAUGGAAAUGAUGCAAGAUCAAUACCAAGCGCUCAAUGCAGAUCAGUUCUACACAUCGACAAUGUCGCCACUUCCUGGAACUAGCCCGAAGCCAACAACAUUGCCGAUUCAUUAUCAGCUACCUUCGACUCCACCCACACGGAUCGACGAGGAGCCAGAUGAUGAGGAAAAUGAUGGACUCUUUUUCGACUUUUCAUCCACGGCCCUCUCGAGCUUUGUCUAAAAAUCAUGGAGUUUAUAUAGUUAAGUACAACUAAUACAAGUUAACGACUACUAUUGUCCACCUUUCGCCUUCUCUUUUGCUUUUACAUAAAUAUUCAUUUUUUAAUUAGCUUGUAUGCAACAUAUUUUAAAGAAAACACAACAGUCUUGUUUCAAGUUCUGCUUUUAAUAACACAUGGUUAACUAAUCAAGUUUAUGUUAAUUUACUUUGUCAUUUUAAACUGGACAAAUGUAAUAUUGUAACACUCAUAGUGUAAUUUGUAGUUCUUUGUUAUUUCUGAAUAAAAAUUGUUUUUCAGUUUUGAAAAGUU